CCCUUGCGAGCCAGCCGCCGUGUCAGUGAAGUUCAGGUGCUCGUCUCGAUCGUUAGUGCUGCGCUCACCAAUUCCUCCGGAACGCGAAGGUCAUGGAAUAAGGAUUAAAGUGGGCAUUCCAGCGUCUCCACCUACCAUCAUCAUGCUGCUCAGGAAAGCAGAAGGUUCAGCAUGGAGUUUGAAAUUCAUCAUACCCGUCGUGGUGUUUCUUCUAGUCCCCAGUAUUGCUGCUCAAUAUCAAUUCGAACCCGCAGUUCGAUUCAACCAAUUCGGUCAACAAUACCAGCCAUGGCAGCCGGUGCAGACGUUCAGCCCGCCUCAACGGCAGCAGGUGUCCAGACAGGACGUCUCUAGUGAAAGUGGCGAAAACAAUGGACGGAAUUCAGGGGCGAUUGCCAAAAUCACUGAGACCCUUGGAGCAUUGAACACCUUGGGCCGAUACCUGGUGGGUAUGACGCGCAAGGGACCAGAGGAAGCGCCGAAUAAUAAUCGUCCGGAUCGAGACGUGGUGGCCGCGCAGCAGGUGCAACAGCAGCAGGCUAAACCACAGGGAGACCUGAACGGGGCUAUUUACACCCUGAGCAAGAACGUGCUAGGCCCAAACGUGACUGACACCUUGGCACCCCUCGUUCGCGGAGUGCAACUUCCGACAGUGGUGGUGCGUGACGGCGAGGAUGGAAAGCCAAAACCAACGAACGACCUGGAGACGCAGGAGAAGCAGGGCAUCCGCGAUAGGCCUUGUACCACCCCCAAGGGACAGCAGGGCAACUGCGAUGACCUGAGUGACUGCCCCUCGUUGCUGCUUGACCUCGGAAACCUGCGCCAGUCCAUCUGCUUCAAGUCGCUGUUCGUGCCUGGAGUCUGCUGCCCGCAGUCCGAAUCAGGCUUUUCAGACGCAGUGACUAGCAGACCAACAACCACCACCACGACCACGACCACUACUACCUACAGGCCUUUUAUCACCUCGACUCUCAGGCCGCCCUUCAUCAUCGCUCGGCCACCGUCUUUGGGAACAGACGUCUCUGCGGAAUCGACGAAUAGCAUUGCUAGAAACGAUUGUGGAAUUUCGGAAACAGCCAAGUUCCGCGUGGUCGGCGGAAGUGAGUCGUUGCCCGGUCGCUGGCCCUGGAUGGCAGCCAUCUUCCUUCACGGGUCAAAGAGGACCGAGUUUUGGUGUGGAGGCACCUUGAUGAACGAGAGAUACGUCCUCACGGCGGCCCAUUGCACCCGGGAUACAAGACAGAGGCCAUUCAGCGCACGGCAGUUCACCGUGCGACUGGGCGACGUGGACCUGGGCCGCGACGACGAGCCGUCGUUGCCGCAGACGUUCCAGGUGGCUGACGUGAAGGCGCAUCCCAAGUUCUCGCGAGUCGGCUUCUACAACGACAUCGCGCUGCUGAAGCUGGACGGAAGGGCGCAGCGCUCCAAGUACGUGUCGCUGAUCUGCCUGCCACCACCAGCGCUGCGCAGCGACACCUUCGUCGGCCAAAGGCCCACCGUGGUCGGCUGGGGCACCACCUACUACGGCGGCAAGGAGAGCACCGUCCAGCGACAGGUCGAUCUGCCGGUGUGGCGCAACGAGGACUGUGACAGCUCCUACUUCCAGCCCAUCACCUCCAGCUUUAUCUGCGCUGGAUACUCGGAGGGUGGCAAGGACGCCUGUCAGGGUGACUCCGGAGGCCCACUCAUGUUGCGAAGCAAUGGAAAGUGGACGCAGAUUGGAAUCGUCUCGUUUGGCAACAAAUGCGGAGAGCCAGGCUACCCCGGCGUCUACACCAGAGUGACAGAGUAUUUGGACUGGAUAGAACAAAACGCAGUUUGAGAGCGACGCGUGUGUACCAUUCAAAUUGAAAUAUACUGCAGCCAAAAUAGCUAAUAAGUUUUAUGUAUGAAGCUCACAAAUGAACUCUUUAAACUAACUUAAAUUAUUCUCUUGGAUAUAAUUGAUGUAAAUAAAUAUUUUAUUUUUAUUCAA